GCUGUUCCGGAGUUCCUCCUAGGUGUGAAAAGAAAACAACUAUAUUGACUUUACCACUUGUUUCACUCACGAAAAACCUUCAAAAAACUGCUCUAAAUCUACUUCAACUCAGUUCUGAAGGGAACCCAGUUUUCAAAGAAGUUACUCCACUCCUUAGCUCCACUCUAACUCUGUCAGCGAACUUCAUGCGAGUGCAGAAGUCAAUCAUCAUGUAAAAUGUCAUUUGAUUUGUCACUAAUGUCAAUAUAUUCAAUUCAAAAAACGUCUACCGGCGUGUGAGUGUUUUUAAAUUAAUUGUUUUAUUUUAUCUAAUAUUUAACAAACUCUUGUCUUAACAAUAUUUUAACGUAAUUUUAAAGGAAAUCCUAUUUCGCUUGCACCAUGAGUCGUUCUUCUGAUGUAAACGUGGACUCGUUGGCUGAGGCCCUUCAAAGUGCCAAAGUAUCUUCAUCUGGAGUAUCUUUUGCUGGAAAAUCACUCAAAUUGGACACUGAAGAAGAUGCAAAACCAGUUAUUGAGGCAAUCAACAACUGUCCACAACUCGAAUACCUCAACCUAGAAGGUAACACAUUGGGAGUGGACGCAGCAAAAGCCAUAGCUCAAUCCUUGGAAAAACAUGGAGAAUUCAAAAGAGCCCUAUGGAAAGACUUGUUCACCGGCCGAAUGAAAACCGAAAUCCCCAAAGCUCUAGAAUUCCUAGGAGCCGGUUUGGUCACGGCCGGAGCCAGAUUAACUGAAUUGGAUUUAAGUGAUAACGCUUUCGGUCCUAUUGGAGUCGAAGGCCUGGCAGCAUUGUUGCGAAGUUCCACAUGUUAUGCUUUGCAAGAAUUGAGAUUGAAUAAUAAUGGUUUAGGGAUUACUGGUGGUAAAAUUUUGGCAUCUGCCCUUACUGACUGCUAUAACUCCAGUAAACAAGAAGGAAAGCCCUUGGCAUUGAAAGUAUUCAUUGCUGGACGUAAUAGGUUGGAAAAUGAUGGAGCCAAAGCCCUAUCAGAAGUGUUUAAGCUGAUUGGAACUUUAGAGGAGGUUGCAAUGCCCCAAAAUGGUAUCUAUCACCGGGGUAUUACUGCAUUAUCAGAAGCUUUCAGGCACAAUACAAACCUUCAAAUAUUAAACUUAAAUGACAACACUAUUGGUUCAAAAGGAGCCUUUUCUCUUGCAAAGGCUUUGCCAACACUGCAGAAAUUGAAGGAAAUUAAUUUCGGCGAUUGUCUAUUGAAAACAAAGGGGGCGCUGUUGUUGGCUAAUGGCUUAGACCCAGGCCAUGAAAAUUUGGAAGAGUUGAUUUUGGGAUUUAACGAAAUUAGAACUGAAGGGGGUGUGAAUUUGGUGAAUGCUAUGACCAACAAAAUCAAGUUGAAAAGUUUGAUUCUUGAUGGGAAUCAGUUUGGAACUGAGGGAGCGCAAAGCAUAAAAAAUAAACUUAAAGAGAUUGGAAAAUUUAAUACCUUAGGUUCAUUGGAUGAUAAUGAAUCUGAAGGAGAAAGCGACGAAGAUGAAAAUCAGUCUGAUAGUGAUCAUGAAUCAGACAAUGAAACUGACGAUGAUUUUUUAAAUGCCUCCAAAAAAGAACCAGAAGCAGAGGAAUCUGCUACAAACAUUUCAAUAGAAGAAUUCAUGAAGGACCCUACAGGGAAAAAUCUAAUUCUACUUGGCAGUAACAGAGAAGAAUUGAUUUUAAAGACGGCACAACCAGAAGGUGUAAUGAAUGCAGGAGCCUACAUAACAGCAAUAAUGAAAGUUUCCUCUUUGAGCAAUAAUGCUGAUCCAGAGGUUGCCAAUAUUUCAACCACUAUAGCAGAAAAAAUGUAUGAAGAAUUAUUUGUUUGGGGCAAAACGCAAAAGGAUGCUCUAGUUAUUAUACAGAAUAAUAUUUUAGUGCAUUUGGGACUUAUAAAGAGUGAAGAUAAAAAAUUCAAGCCAAAAUGGAAACUAGAUGGUUGUCUCAAUGUACUGAAAAACGUAUGCCAGAAGAAUUUUGUGCCGGACAAUGCCAAGCUAAUGGUGAAAUGCUUUAUAGAGAGGGACAUUAACAAUAAUGGGGAAUAUCUUCAGAUAAAAAAAGACAUAUUGUCAAUAUUAGCUUAAGUAGUAUUCCUGUUAGUGUUUCUAUUAAUAUAUAUUUAUUUUUAAAACCA